AUGGAGGAGAGGUGGAGGAGAGAUGGAGGAGAGGUGGAGCAGAGAUGGAGGAGAGAUGGAGGAGAGAUGAAGGAGAGAUGGAGGAGAGGUGGAGGAGAGAUGGAGGAGAGAUGGAGGAGAGAUGGAGGGGAGGUGGAGCAGAGAUGGAGGAGAGAUGGAGGAGAGGUGGAGGAGAGAUGGAGAAGAGGUGGAGGAGAGAUGGAGGAGAGAUGGAGGAGAGAUAGAGGAGAGGUGGAGCAGAGAUGGAGGAGACAUGGAGGAGAGAUGGAUGAGAGAUGGAGGAGAGAUGGAGGAGAGGUGGAGCAGAGAUGGAGGAGAGAUCAAGGAGAGAUGGAGGAGAGAUGGAGGAGAGGUGGAGGAGAGGUGGAGGAGAGGUGGAGCAGAGAUGGAGGAGAGAUGGAGGAGAGAUGA